AUGGCGAAGAAAUCUAAGAAAGGAGGUAAAUCCGGAGGUGACUUCUGGGAUGAGGACAUUGAAACUGAGCAGAAUUCGGAGGGACCAUUAGACCAGGACCCCGAGGCUGUCGCUGAAGAGGAGCUAUCUCAGGAUGAUGACUUUCUCAAUUCUAUUCGAAGCUCGAAGAAGAAGAAGGAGGCAAAGGAAAAGGAGGAGAAGGAGAAGAAGGAUGGGCCCAAACUUUUGAGUAAGAAAGAAAAGGAGAAAUUGAAGAAGGAAGCUGAAAAGCAAGCGAAGAAGGAGGCCGCAGCGAAGAAGAAAGCCGAUCAAGCAGCUAAAAAAGAGCAAAUCAAGGAGGCUAACAAGCAGAAUGCUGCAGCUAAUGCCGAGAAGAAAGCUGAGCAGCAAAAAUCAACUUCAGAGGAACCGGAGAGCAAAGCGCCAGUUAAGAAAGGAAAAAAGGCACCUGCGGGAAUCGCCGCAUUGAGGAAACAGCUUGAGCUCAAAAAGCAGUUAGAGGAGGAGCAGCGUCGUUUAGAAGAGGAAGAGGAGCAGCGGCAAAUCGAGUUGGAGAGAUCUGCGGCAGAGAAAGAAGCAGAAGCAGAAGCAGCUCGCCAGGCUAAGAAAGAGAAGGAGAAACUUAAGAAAGAAAGAUUGAAAGCUGAGGGUAAGCUUUUGACUAGAAAACAACGAGAGGAAAAGAAAUUACAAGAUCGUCGUCGUGAAUUGCUUUUGCAAGGUAGUGGAGUCAGUGUUGCCGGUUUGGAAAAGAAGGACGCCUCCGAGAAAACCGAUAAGCCUAAAAGAGUUGUCUACACGAAAAAGAAGUCAGGUAAAGCAAAGAGUCACGAAACCCAAGCUACAAACGAAGAUGUGAAAAACGAUGACGAUGAUGUCCUAGAUGAUUGGGAGCAAAUGCUUGAUGACGAAGAGCAAGUGGCAGGCAAAAAUACAUCACAGUUGUCCCAGACUUCUCCCGAAGCUGAUACAGCUGGCCUGAAUGUAAACGCCACUCCAGCUGAACAUGAAAGCACUGAGGUCGCUGAGAAGCAUGCUACUACUUCUACUCCCUUGGAUAAUCAGAUCGUCGAAAAAUCAACGCCAUCCGUGAAUGAUGAAACUUUAACCCCUGAGAAUAGUUCAUCUCACAGCGCCAAGGAGAUGCGUUCCCCAAUCUGUUGCAUUUUAGGUCAUGUCGACACUGGUAAAACCAAGUUAUUAGACAAAAUUCGUCAAACAAAUGUUCAAGGUGGAGAGGCCGGAGGUAUCACCCAACAAAUUGGUGCUACGUACUUCCCUGUUGAAGCAAUCAAGCAAAAGACCGCCGUUAUGUCGCAGUAUGAGAAGCAAUUUUUCGACGUCCCUGGCCUUUUGAUUAUCGACACUCCGGGGCACGAGUCUUUCACCAACUUGAGAUCUCGUGGUUCUUCUCUUUGUAACAUCGCAAUUUUGGUGAUCGAUAUCAUGCAUGGUUUGGAGCAGCAAACUUUAGAAUCGAUCAGACUCUUGAGGGAUCGGAAAGCACCAUUUGUGGUGGCAUUGAACAAAAUCGAUCGUCUCUUUGAUUGGGAAGCAACACCUAACAACUCAUUCAGAGACUCGUUUGGGAAGCAGAGCAAGUCUGUUCAGGGUGAAUUUCAAAACCGUUACGAGCAAAUCAAGCUUGCUCUCGCAGAACAGGGUUUGAACUCGGAGCUUUACUUCCAGAAUAAGAAUAUGUCGAAGUACGUCUCAAUUGUGCCAACAUCCGCAGUAACUGGUGAGGGUGUUCCUGACCUUUUAUGGUUGUUGCUUGAGUUAACUCAGAAGAGAAUGUCGAAACAGUUGAUGUACUUGUCUAAAGUGGCCGCCACAAUUUUAGAAGUGAAGGUUGUCGAGGGUUUUGGAUACACCAUCGAUGUUGUGUUAUCUAACGGAGUUUUAAGAGAGGGCGACAGAGUUGUGUUGUGCGGUCUAAAUGGGCCUAUCGCCACGAACAUCAGAGCUUUGCUAACCCCACCUCCAUCGCGCGAGUUGCGUAUCAAGUCGGAAUAUAUCCACCAUAAAGAGGUGAAGGCAGCUUUGGGAGUCAAGAUUGCAGCGAAUGAUUUGGAGAAGGCCGUUGCAGGUUCUCGAUUACUAGUCGUGGGGCCUGACGAUGAUGAAGAUGAGCUAAUGGAGGAGGUCAUGGACGAUUUAACAGGCUUACUUGAUUCAGUUGACACAUCGGGUAAAGGUGUUGUUGUACAGGCCUCCACUUUGGGAUCAUUGGAGGCUUUACUCGACUUUUUGAAGGAUAUGAAGAUCCCUGUUAUGUCUAUUGGAUUGGGCCCAGUCUAUAAGAGAGACGUGAUGAAAGCAACUGCGAUGCUUGAGAAAGCGCCAGAGCUCGCAGUAAUGUUGUGUUUCGACGUCAAGAUUGACAAAGAAGCAGAACAAUACGCAGAAGAGCAAAAUGUGAAAAUCUUCAAUGCUGAAAUCAUCUAUCACUUAUUUGAUGCAUUUUCCGCCUAUCAGGCCAAGUUGCUCGAAGCCAGACGAAAAGAGUUCAUGGAAUAUGCUGUUAUCCCCUGCGUGUUGAAGACGAUUCAAAUUAUCAACAAACGUAACCCUAUGAUCAUUGGUGUCGAUGUUAUUGAGGGAACCGUGCGUGUCGGAACACCAAUUUGUGCAGUUAGAAAGGAUCCUACGACUGGUGCUGCCAAUAUUUUGGUUUUAGGUAAAGUUGUUUCGUUGGAAGUCAAUCAUAAGUCUUCCGAUUCUGUGAAGAAAGGUCAGACAGCGGCAGGCGUUGCUAUGAGAUUGGAAAACCCAUCUAGUGCGCAGCCUACUUGGGGAAGACAUGUCGAUGAGACCGACAACUUGUACUCGUUGAUUUCUAGGAGGUCUAUCGACACUUUGAAAGAUCCCGCGUUCCGUGAUUCCGUUCUGAGGGAUGACUGGCUUCUUAUCAAGAAGUUGAAGCCUUGGAAAAGAAACAUUCCUUCUAGAGGUUUCAAACCCAGUAUUUACUUCUGGAGUAUUACUGGCUUGAUCACAUUCGGCUUUUACAGAUUUUACAAAGGUGUGGACGAACAACGAGAGCUAGCAAGGGAGAAGCAAUGGGCCAGAUUCUCGCUCGAGCCAUUGUUAAGGGCGGAAGAAGAUAGACACCUUUCAAGACGUUAUUUUUCAGAGCUUAAAAGACGUGAAGAAGUUGCAUCUACUAUGUCCCCUCUGGACAGACAGAAGUUCGAGGAAAAGAUCUACAACGAUGAAUCAAAAGUCAGAUUCCCAAACGCUGAGAAUGCCAAAGACGUGUUGGAUAGAUACGAAUACUUCUUGUUCGACUGUGAUGGAGUCAUUUGGCUAGGAAACCAUCUCCUUCCAUACGUCACAGAAACGUUGGCUCUUCUAAGAAGGAAUGGUAAGAAGAUUAUUUUUGUGACAAAUAAUUCAACGAAGGCUAGAUCAGACUACGUUAAAAAAUUUAAAGAGAUUGGCAUCGAAGGUGUGACGAAAGAGGAGAUCUUUGGUUCAUCAUACGCUUCAGCUAUCUAUGUUGACCAGAUAUUGAAGCUCCCAAAGCAAAAGAAGGUAUGGGUUCUCGGAGAGUCUGGAAUCGAGAAAGAACUCCAAGAAUUAGGGUACGAAACAGUAGGAGGUUCAGAUCCGUAUUAUGUUAAGGAUGGCGUCACUUUUAAUCCCGAGGACGAGGAUCUUUUGCGUUUGGAUGAUGACGUGGGGGCUGUGGUUACAGGUUUGACCUUUAACAUCAACUAUCUCAAGUUAUCUAUAACAAUCCAAUAUUUGCUCAAAGACAGCAAAUCAAUUCCUUUCAUUGCGACCAACAUAGACUCGACGUUUCCCAUGAAAGGAAAACUUUUAGCGGGUGCGGGCUCAAUUAUCAAGUCGGUUGCUUAUGCCAGCGGUCGCGAACCUGAUGCUAUCUGUGGCAAGCCGAACUCUUCGAUGAUGCAAUCAAUCUUUGCUGACAAUCCCGGCUUGAAAUCUCAUCCUACCAAGGGAUUGAUGAUUGGCGACAGAUUGAAUACGGAUAUGGAAUUCGGAAGAAGUAAUGGGUUAGACACUCUCUUGGUGUUCACAGGAAUUGAAAAUGAAGAGUCUGUUCUGAAACUCGAAGAGCCUAAGAAGCCCACAUACUAUGCCGAGAAAUUAGGAGAUAUUUACCUACUUUUAAACGGCUCCAAUGAAUAG